UUCAAGAGAGAAUUUUUGGUGAAGUACUUUCCUGCAUAUGUGAGGAACCGAAAAGCUAUCGAAUUCAUGGAACUUAAGGAAGGGAAUUUAUCAGUUGCCGAGUAUUCUGUAAAAUUUGAAGAGCUCAGCAGGUUUUGUCCUCGUUACAACACCAUAGAGGCGGAAUAUGACAAGUGUGUCAAGUUUGAGAGUGGUCUGAGGCCGGAUAUCAAACAACUGAUUGGUUUUUCUGAGAUUAGGGAUUUUGCGACCCUUGUGAACAAAAGUAAGAUAUGUGAUGAAGAUGGAAAAGCUAAGUCAGCUCAUUAUAAGAUGAUGAAGGAUAAAAGAGGAAAAUGACAAGACCGUGGCAAACCAUAUGAUAAUAAAGGGAAAAAGAAGGCCGAGGGAAAUGGUGGUAAGAAAGAAGUGAAAUGCUUUAUGUGUGGAAUAGUGGGACAUAAGAUUGGUGAGUGUAAGGCUGAAGGUUUUAAGUGCUACAGGUGUGGAAGGUUUGGACACAAAUCCGAGGAGUGUAAGAAUCUGAUUGUUUGCUUUAAUUGCAGUGAGGAAGGCCACAUUAGCACCGUUUGCAAGAAGCCAAAGAAGGUGAGUGGUAAAGUAUUUGCUUUGAGUGGUGAUGAUGCGGGAGAGAAUGACAACUUGAUCAGAGGUACAUGUUUCAUUCUCAAUACUCCUUUGAAUGCUAUUAUAGAUACUAGAGCUACACAUUCCUUUAUAUCUCUUAAUUGUGUGAAACGUCUUAAUCUUGCUACUACUAUUAUGUCUGGAUGCAUGGCCAUAGAGACACCUGCUAGUGAUUCUGUGAUUACUAAGUUAGUUUGUGUUAAUUGCCCUGUGACUGCUUUUGGUAAAGAUUUUGGAAUGGAUCUUGUUUGUAUUCCCUUAAGUAAUAUAGAUGUUAUUUUUGGUAUGAACUGGUUGAUGCAUAAUCAUGUUCACAUUAAUUGUUGUGCGAAAACGAUAACAUUUCUGAGACUGGAGGAGAAUAUGAGUUCGAAUCUUAUGAAGAGUGAAGAAGUAGUAAGAUUUUUGAAGGAGCAUGCAAAGUUGUUUGUUAUGUUUGCUUCGUUGAAGUUAGAAGGAAAAUAUGAAGUUAACGAAUUGCCUGUUGUCUGUGAGUUUGCGGAUGUAUUUUCUGAUGAUGUUUCAAAUUUACCACCUGAAAGAGAAGUGGAGUUCACUAUCAACUUAGCACUAGGUACUAGUCCAAUAUCUAUGGCACCUUAUCGGAUGUCAGCUUAAGAGCUUGAAGAGUUGAAGAAAUAGCUUGAAGAUUUGUUGGAAAAGAAGUUUAUUAGACCAAGUGUUUCACCAUGGGGAGCACCAGUGUUGUUAGUCAAGAAGAAGGAUGAAAGUAUGAGGUUGUGUAUUGAUUACCGCAAGUUGAACAAAGUGACAAUUAAGAAUAAGUAUCAACUUCCGAGGAUAGAUGAUUUGAUGGGUCACAGUUUUCCGGUAUUUGAGGGAUGCGUGACACACAGUUUUAAUUGUCGCAGUUUUCUGACCCCCUCCCGAUCGCAAUUGUGAUGGAUCGAACUGUGAUCCUCCAUAUCAAGCUCCAAUUUUCCGAUAUUUUUAACAGAUGAGUGACACGUGUACAUUAAAGAAAUUAACGGGUCACAUAAAAAAAAGAAGCAAAAUUAGAUUAAACAAUUAAAAUUCCUGUUCUUUUCACGAUUCCUCGUUCUUCUUCUCUCUUUCAAUUUUCCUUCCAUGUCGUCGCCGCCGCCGUAUCUCACCCAGUCGCCGCCUCCGCCUCCGCCGCCGCUGUAUCUCCAACUUAUUUGACUGAAAUUGAAAGAUUUUUUGAAUGUAAUUUUAGGAUAUCAUUUUUAGUGAUGGUAAGUUUCGAGUAAAGAAAGAACUUGAAAAAACGCUUUUCCCCUCUUCUUCAAAUUUCAAUGGCUAGAGGCCCAAUUUCAUUACUUUUCUACUUAUGCACACGAAAAACAAGAUAUUUUUCAAUAUUCAAACCUCUUCUUAUCAAUCACUCAUUGAUUUCUUUUUCAAAUUCUCAAUUUUCGACCCUUUUGAUGAACCCUCGUUUUGUUCCUCAUUUAUCUCAAAGUUUGAAUCUUUAUGGUGGUAGAAAUCUUUCCAUGAGACCGUUUUCAACAGAUGGCGAGGAGGGUGGUGAAGAAACUGGUUUGGAUUCGGUACUCGAAAAGGUUGUUUGUGAAAAUGCUGAUUUUGAACUUGGUAAUGAGGUUAGUGAUGAUGUUUAUGCUUUAUCUAAAAAUAGGCUUGUUUUAGAUAAUGGCAAUGAUGAAUGCAAUUCAGAGAUUGUUGAUUCUGUAGAAUGUAAUAAUAGUAGUAGUAGUAGUAGUAGUGAUAAUGGUAGGGAUAAUGGAGAAUUAGAGAAGAAGAGUGAGGUUGAUUUUAAGCACGUGGUGUCGCGUGAUCCUAUUGAAUUGUAUGGUGAGCUUAAGAGUGUGGAAAGGGGUGCAAGGUUGACUAGAGCUGAGGUGGAAGUGUUGCAAGAUGUGUUCCAUUAUUUUGCUAAAUCAGGUUGGGCAUCUGAUCAGGCACUUGCUAUUUACAUUGGUUUGUCGUUUUAUCCAACUGCUGCACACAAGUUUCAGAACUUUUUCAGGCAAAAAUGUCCUGAAGAUGUUGCUAGGUACUUGAUUUCGCUUGGACCGUGUGAUGAAGCUGUGAGGUUUUUGUUUCCUGUAUUUGUCGAGUUUUGUUUGGAGAAUUUUAUUGAUGAGAUCAAGAAGUUUAGGGAAAUGGUUAAGUCGGCAGACCUCAGGAAACCUCACACUUGGUUUCCUUUUGCGAGGGCCAUGAAACGCAAGAUAAUUUAUCACUGUGGGCCUACCAAUAGUGGUAAAACUUAUAAUGCUUUGCAGAGAUUUAUGGAGGCGGAGAAGGGUAUUUAUUGCAGUCCACUUAGAUUGUUGGCUAUGGAAGUUUUUGAUAAGGUUAAUGCCAAGGGUGUUUAUUGUAGUUUGUUAACUGGUCAAGAGAAGAAUUAUAUCCCGUUUUCAAAUCAUGUUGCGUGUACUGUGGAAAUGGCUUCGACUCAGGAAUUGUAUGAUGUGGCUAUUAUUGAUGAGAUUCAGAUGAUGGCAGAUCCAUAUAGAGGGUAUGCUUGGACUAGAGCGCUCCUUGGGUUGAAAGCCGAUGAGAUACAUGUAUGCGGUGAUCCCAGUGUUUUGGAUAUUGUUCGAAAGGUUUGUCAAGACACAGGAGAUGAGUUGCAUGAGAAGCAUUAUGAGAGGUUCAAACCGUUGGUGGUUGAAGCAAAAACCCUGCUUGGAAAUCUUGAAAAUAUUAAGUCUGGGGAUUGUGUUGUUGCAUUCUCAAGGAGAGAGAUAUUUGAGGUUAAAUUAGCCAUCGAGAAACACACUAAUCAUAAAUGUUGUGUGAUAUACGGAGCUUUGCCACCGGAGACUCGUAGGCAACAAGCUAAUUUGUUUAAUGAUCCAAAUAACGAAUAUGACGUUCUAGUUGCUAGUGAUGCAGUGGGGAUGGGCCUGAACCUUAACAUUCGAAGGGUAAUUUUUAAUAGCCUUUCGAAGUACAAUGGUGAUAAAAUUCUUCCUGUUCCAGCGUCACAGGUUAAGCAAAUUGCAGGGAGGGCUGGUCGAAGAGGAUGCCUUUACCCUGAUGGACUCGCCACUACCUUGCAUUUGGAUGAUUUGGAUUACUUGAUCGAGUGUUUGAAACAACCCUUUGAUCAUGUGACGAGGGUUGGCCUUUUUCCUUAUUAUGAGCAGGUCGAAUUGUUUGCCGGACAACUUCCUAAUAUGACAUUCAGCCAACUUUUAGAAAAAUUCGGUGAAAAUUGCCGUUUGGACGGAUCGUACUUCUUGUGUCGACAUGAUCACAUAAAGAAAAUCUCUAAUAUGUUAGAGAGGAUUCGAGGGUUAUCUUUAGAAGACCGAUUUAACUUCUGUUUUGCCCCUAUUAAUGUUAGGGACCCAAAAGCUAUGUACCACUUGCUCAAAUUUGCUACAGCGUUUGGUCAGAAGGUUCCUGUAAACAUAGCUAUGGGCAUUCCAAAAUAUUCGGCACGGAAUGAUACAGAACUUCUAGACCUUGAGAGUAAGCAUCAAAUAUUAUCUUCAUAUUUAUGGUUAUCAAACCACUUUGAUGAGGAAAAAUUUCCAUAUGCCAAGAAAGCUGAGGCCAUGGCUUCAGACAUUGCUAUCUUACUUGGUGAAUCACUCAGCAAAGCAAAUUGGAAACCUGAGUCAAGGAACAUAAGGAAACCAAAAGCUGCAAAAAGUGAAGAGCCUCAAACAGAACCAAGAAGUGAUAUUUUAGAAACUGAAAAGAAGAAUCGGUUAUUCAAGACCACAGUCUCUUAUUAAAUUAUAUGAUGACAAGUACCUUUCGACGUAUAGCUUCUUUAUUUUGGUUGGAUCCUCCGGUGUUGCCUCGAGGAGCCGUUCCUAUUCUAUCUCAAGUAUGAAGUUGUUUAUUAGCAGCCAAGAAUGUGGAUCAUAUAGGAAGGAAUGCAUGGAAUGUUUUGAGUUUGAGUUUGUGAUGUUUACUCUUCGAUCUGAUUAUAUUUGUCCAAAAAGGUGCAGACUCUUGUUAACAUUUGCAGUGGUAUUAUUAUAUUGCCAUAACAUCAUUAAUUUAACUGAAUAUUACUUUUAUUUUUACAUAUAA